ACUCCCUUUAUAUAUGUGUUGAAUAAAUCACAAAUACGAAUAAACUUUGGUAACAACCACAUGUGUUUGCGAAAUAUAACGUGUAAAGAAUCGCUUCAUUUGUAGCAUUUAAUAUGGAAAGUAAGGUUCGUUUUGUUCUGUGCAGUUUAACAAUUCUGUGUUCGCUUGUACUGGUGCUUGUGAAUAACAAUGUUUUGUUUUUUCAUAUCAGUCAUAUACGUCAAAAUACAAGUAUAAGUUUUGAAAUAAACGAUACUUGCAAAUCACUUCUUCGGAAGUAUUUAAAGCUGCAAAUAACUGAAGCACAAUUAAAUGGACUGAUAUCUAUAUGUAAAACAGAUGGCUAUCUAAACGACCGUAUAGAAUUUGAUAUGCCAGUUUUGAAUAAAGUUUUGAAAAAUUUGACAUGUGGUAUCAUUCUGAAAAAGCUUAUCAAUAGCACAAUUUCACUGAUUGCUCUUGCUAGUUUUCCUGGUUCAGGGAAUAAUAUGACAAGGGGGAUUUUGGAGGCCGUCACAGGUUUUGAAGCCUCUGUUAGUAACAGAAAGGUACUUUGUCCAUCCAGGGGUUAUGCAUUUAUCAUUAAGACACACAGGACUAACGACAUACCACAGAGCAAAGACUGUUCGAGGGUUAACACACAUCGACUCAACUACAAAAAGGCUAUUUAUAUCCUACGGAACCCGUAUAAUGCUUUGCUGGCCGAAUACAAGCGCAGGCGAACGUUUUCUAAACGGUUUGAAACAAAAACACAAACACAAUUUGAAGGAGAUUAUUUCGGUGCACGUUGGGAGAGAUUCGUAAUUUUGCAGUCAAAAAUAUGGAAAGAACUGACAAUUUACUGGCUCAACACAUUUAAUGGACCUGUGCACCUCGUGGUUUAUGAAAAAAUGUUGGCUUACAGAAUGACAGAAGUAUAUUCAUUGGCACGUUUUGUAAAUGCAAGUAUAACGCUUGAAACCUUAUUAUGCACCAAGAGCAAUUUUAUAGAAGACCGAAAGAGAACAUAUGUGAACUGGCUUUCAGAAAUAAGUGCAUCUGAAAUGUUUGAUGUAAAAAUGAGGAAAUUUGUAAACAAAAUUAUUUUAUCAACGAAUGAAAUAGUAAAAUUGAAAAUAUUAGAAGAAUAUAUUUUACCAGAAAUUUAAAAUAGAGCAGUUUUUAUUUGUUCAGAGAUUUAAGCAUAACGAUUUCUACGCAAAUUACAAAGGUUGUUUUAUUUUUCUUCCCUUAUAUGCUGCAAAAAAAAAGUGUUGAAACCGGAGAGAAAAAUGUUAUUCAAACAAAACAUUUUACAAUUUCUUUAAAUAGAAAAAAAUGUUGUUGACCCAUUUACAUUGAACCGUUAGUUGAGCAAAUAACACAUGAUAAAUUCCAGUAUUCAAUAUAAUGAAAAUGUUCCACAUAGGAAACGUCAAUAGAAUUUAAAUUUUAUUAAUGUUUACAUGCACGUUGUAUUUUGUAUUCAAUUAUUUAAUUUUAUGUCUCUGCUUAUAAACUGUUUUGCCUUGUUGGUCGUCUUUUUCGGUUGUAUGCGUGUGUCAACAUUCCUAAUGUAAGUUCCAAUACUAAUGAAUAGACUAUAAGUUAUUGUCAUUCUUGGCUGUAAAACAUUGAGGCGAAAAUACUUUAUAGACGUAAUAUGUUACAGAAGCACAGCAUGUGCCGUUUAAUGAGUGUUAUAAAUUACCAAAAAUUUACAAUAAGUGUUCUUUUGUUUUAUUUUGUUAUUCAUGCU